UGGCUGAGCCAGAAGCGGCACGAAGCUGCUGUCAUUGAACCACCGGCUUCACUGCUGUUGUCUGCAGCUAGCUGAGCUUAGCCACGCCGUGCGGUUUCAAGGGCGAUCAGAAGACGCUGCAACACGCCACGGUGUAUUUCCUUUACCCGGUGCAUUCCUACAAAUAUGAAUCCGAGUGACAUUUCAUUCAAGCUUUCCCGCUGUAGGUUCAUCAUCUAGAGGCAGCAGAGAUGGAGCUCUCUGACGGUCUGUUGCUCCAGGUCAACAAUGGCGAGCAGGGCGGAAACCGCUGGAAACACUCAAACGAAGACUCGGACCGGAGCUGUAGCCCGUCUGUGCUACGGUGUGUUAGCACCACCUGGAAGGAGGGCCUUCUGAACCGCAAGAGGCCCUUCGUUGGCCUCUGCUGCCACUCAUGUACCCCACAGAGCCAGGAGAGACUGUUUAAUCCCAGUAUUCCAUCCCUGGGCCUACGAAAUGUCAUCUACAUCAAUGAGACACACACCAGGUAUCGGGGCUGGCUAGCUCGUAGUCUGAGCUAUGUGUUGUUUGUUUGUGAGAGAGACGUCAACAAGGACAUGUUCGCCAGGAACGUGGUUGAUAAUGUCCUCAACAACAGCAGGGUGGAGCAGGCCAUCGUUGAGGUGGCCUCGGAGCCUGGGGCUGGAUUAGAGGGCCAGCCCGCCCUGCAGCAGAGGGCUGAGGGGCAGGUGAGACGGAAGGCCAGGGGGAUCCUCCAGGAGAUGGUGGCCAACGUCUCCCCAACCAUUAUCAGGCUGACCGGCUGGGUUCUGCUGAAACUGUUUAAUGGAUUCUUUUGGAGCAUACAGAUUCACAAGGGCCAGCUGGAGAUGGUCAAGAAGGCAGCUACUGAGCAAAAUGUACCCCUGGUCUUCCUCCCGGUCCAUAAGUCCCACAUCGACUACCUCCUCAUCACCUUCAUCCUCUUCUGUCACAACAUCAAAGCCCCUCACAUCGCCGCCGGCAACAACCUUAACAUCCCCAUCUUCAGCACGUUGAUUCGUAAACUGGGAGGAUUCUUCAUACGCCGCAAAAUGGAAGAAAACGGAACCGGCAAGAAAGAUGUUCUGUACAGAUCGCUGUUGCACGCAUACACGGAAGAGCUGCUCCGGCAGCAGCAGUUCCUGGAGGUGUACCUGGAGGGCACGCGGUCGCGGAGCGGCAAGCCCUCCCCGGCCCACGCCGGCAUGCUGUCCAUCGUGGUGGACACGCUCACCACCGGCGCCAUCGCCGACGUGCUGGUGGUGCCCGUGGGCAUCUCCUACGACCGCAUCCUGGAGGGCAACUACAACAGCGAGCAGCUGGGGAAGCCCAAGAAGAACGAGAGUUUGUGGGGCGUGGCGUGCGGCGUGUUCCGCAUGCUCAGGAAGAACUACGGCUGCGUUCGAGUGGACUUCACCCAGCCCUUCUCCCUGAAGGAGUAUCUUGACAGCCAGCGGACCCGAAACGUCCCACCUCCUCCCUCCCUUGAACACACCCUGGUACCCAUCAUCAUCUCUGCCCAACCCGACGCGGCGCCGUUCCAGAACCCCCAGGGGGAGGAGCCUAACGGAGACCUACCUGACGAGAUCUCCAGACGAAACGUCAUCUCCAACCUGGCCAAGCACGUCCUCUUCAGUAAGGAAUCCUCUCAGACUCUUAUCCACUCAGCUCUCCUCCUUCUGCUGGGAAUACAUGGAGCUGGGUUAGGGGUGGUGCUGUCCAAGCUGGUGGAGGACUUCUUCAACAUGAAGGAGGAGAUCCUCUCGCGGGACUUCGACCUGGGCUUCUCCGGGAACUCGGAGGACGUGGUGAUGCACGCGCUCCACCUGCUGGGCAACUGCGUCAACGUCACCAGCAGCUCCAACCGCAACGGCGAGUUCACCGUCGCCCCGAGCAACACGGUGCCGGCGCUGUUCGAGCUCAACUUCUACAGCAACGGCCUCUUCCACGUCUUCAUCUCCGACGCCAUCAUCGCCUGCAGCGUGCUGGCACUGCAGCGGGAGCUGGCGGCCGAGAGCCAGUCCUCCCAGAGCGCUGCGUGGGGGGGCGCAGUGACCGCCAGCUGCACCCUGCUGAGCCAGGAGAGGCUGAUCCGCAAGGCCGCAGGACUCGCCCACUUCCUGACCAAUGAGGUGGCGGUGGCGCCGCCCUGUCAGACGGUCUACCAGGUGUUCCACGACGCCGUGGCACGGUUGAUCCAGUACGGGGUCCUCUACGUGGCAGAGGAGGACCAGGAGGAGUUGAGCCCCAGCCCCACCGAGGAGCCGUGGCCCAAGAAGUUCCCCGAGCCCCUGUCCUGGAGGAGCGACGAGGAGGACGAGGACAGCGACUUCGGGGAGGAGCAGCGGGACCGCUACCUCAAGGUGAGCACCUCCGCCGAGCCCCAGGAGUUCUUUGUGUUCCUGCAGCGUCUCCUCAGCCCGGUGCUGGAGGCGUACAGCGGAGCGGCCAUCCUGGUCCACAGCCUGAAGCAGCCGGUGGACGAGAGGGAGUACACCCAGCAGCUCUUCAGAUACCUGCUGACCCGCACCGAGAGGGGCGUGGCCGCCUACGGUGAAAGUGCAACGCACUACCUGGUCAAAAACACAGUGAAGACGUUCAAAGAGCUUGGGGUCCUGAAGGAGAGGCGGGAGAACAGGGUGACGACCCUGGAGCUUAGCACCACCUUCCUACCUCAGGCACACCGCAGUAAACUCCUGCACUACAUCCUGGCCUUCAUCCUGCAGUGACCCCACCCAGGUCCUCCAACACCUCCCUCUCACCACCCCCCCACCCACCACCACUACCAGGACCCCAACCCCCCGUGGAAACAAGGGCUUCUACUGGCUACUUCUUAUUUCUCCCAGGUGCUAUACUCUGUGGAAAGCUUUACCAGGAAGUGCCUUCAUACGCUAGUCGCUAACCGAUAGCCGUUAGCUCGAGGAGUCGCGAGGCCAGCCUUCUGUCACUGUUUGCUCAAGGGCACAAGUCUCGUCUUAGCCGUAGAGGGAAACUAGCGCUUGGCUGCUAGCCGCUAGCUCUUGGCCGCUGGCAGCUAGCCGCUAUCUCUUAUCCAUUAGCUCUCAGCAGCUAGCUUUUAGCAGCUAGUUUAACGUAUGAACACCCCCAGUGGACGCCCAGAGGUACUGCCCUCUGUCCCGUGUAGAUCCUAAACCCCUGGAAGAAAUGGGUUCAAAGGUGGAAUGAAUCUUUAAGGAAACUUUUGAAAUGAUGAUAUUACCCUUUCCAACUCUUUAAAUAAUUAUUGUGGUAUUGAGAGCAAACUCCAUGCAAAGCAUGCUUCAUUUCAUGCAAACGUCGAAAGUCAAACCAUAGAAUUGUGCAUCAGGAAUGGCCGUCGACCGGAAAGCGUUUUUAUGUAGAAUUGUAAACUCAUGCAAAUUAACGGAUGAAUCCGGAAAAAAAUAUAUGUUAAACUUCCCUCAAAAGACAAAAUGUACAAAUGUGUAUAAUGCGUAACGCAUCAGUGUUGAAGAGCAGACUCUGAAAACCAUUCGACGUUACAACCAUGCUAAGUUACACGCAUGAAAUUAGAGGUGUCAUGGUGAAAAAACAUUUGAUGUAUACACCAUUUAAUCAUAAGUAUAGAAUGAUACAUAGUUACAACUUUUGUUGUUUCAUACAUCUAGUAACUAUAGAAAACCCUUAGAUUAUAUAGUCUCCCCGCUUAAAACUAGCUAGAUGUACUGGAUGAAAUACCAGCAUAGUUCGAGCCUCAAACUCUAGUAGCCAAGUGCAAUGAUUUAUUUUUCUCUCUCAGAUAAGAUGAUUCAAAAGGAGAUGUAGAUUAAUCAAAAAUAUGUAACCUAUUUCUAAAACGACAAAGGUUUAAAUUGAUUAAGCACAGAAAAAUGUCUAGAUUUAAAGAUGAUGAAAUCUCGGAUUGGCAGCCUUCUAUUUUAGAUGUUUUCUCCAGAUACUUGGAUACAUAUUCCAGUACCACUGAUGAGUAGGCCGAAUAGUUCUUGCUGUCACUCUUGGGUAUUAUUUUGACCAGGCUAAUGAGAUGCUAACUUUGAGAUGUACAUAUCCACUAGUUCCCCUGUCGGCAAACCCGUGUUAGCUCAACCACUUCUGGUUCAAGAUGAGGAAAAACACUUUGCAUUGUUGUGUCAUUGACAUUAUUUAACCUAAAUAUUGGUGUUAAAGAAGAAUGGUUUUCAAAUGGGAUUGUCAAAAUCAUUUUUGUCUGUAUCCAUUCAUUUCUUUCAACCGAAAACAUAAAAAUGAUUGCUUGAGCUGUCAAGCGGAUCGAACAAAAGUUACCCUUAAUCUUUUAACAUGAAGUGUAGGUGAUCUGAAGAAGCAUGAAGAUGUGUGUGUGUGUGUGUGUGUGUGUGUGUUUCUGUGUGUGUAUAGGCCAAGUUGGGAAGACUUUGGAAGGGGGAUGUUUGGGGCAUUAUAUGAAACAGUGUAAAUAUGUUGAAUAUUAAAUUAUGAACGUAAAAUGACUGUCAAAAUGGAGCCCCCUUUGAUUGGUUUUGUGAAUAGAAGUGAAGUCUCUGUGGAUGUUGAAUGGUCAGUGAUACAAGUCAAACCCUUAAAAAUAAAAAUGUGACUACAAUAUAUAUUUUUGAAUCGGUUGGCAUGACCCAUGUUAUGGAAUACCUUCAAACAAAUGUAGAGUCAUUUGUCCACGGCAUUCAACAAUCCACAAGAAGGAUGUGUCAUGUGGUCUUUGUUGAGGGCAACUAGUUAUGUAUCCGAUCUGUGUGUGCGUGUUGAGAUUCAGCUGCUACCAAUGUGUAGGCCUACCAUAUGAACACCAUCAUUUCAAUGUCUCACACAGGACAAACGACUAUUAUAGCAAUACUACUGCAGCAGCUUCAACAGAUCCCUGAUGCGAAGCCAACACACAACAACAACUCUGUUUUGAACUUUACUUUGCCGUACUGUAUGUACUAUCACAUACAUGUACUUCACUGUACUUGCUGUACACUGUAUGUACUCUGUACUGUACUUGAAGAAUCCUCUGGGCGCCUCAGUACUUCCAAAACAAACUCUGUGCCCAACCCAAGAAAUGUCUUUAUCGUGUGUGUGUGUGUGUGUGCGUGCGUGUGUGUGUGUGUGUGUGCGUGCGUGUGUGCGUGUUCGGUAAAGUCUCCUCCCCCCUCCCCCGUCACCUCUUGAAUGUAAGUUUCGUCCGGGGGGAUUUCGAACCGCCGGUCGCCGUGACGAUCGUGUUACAUGUUGUACGCACAAACGUGUCGCAGUCUAACGUCCUCUUGAAGUGAAAGAAAGAGCUUCCCCAUUGCUAGCAUACUGAAAAACAAUGCAAAAACAUCUCCUCGGUAGCUGAAAGUACUGAUGUGUGUAUCAGAUACCGGAUUUUUCUCUCUGGUUUGCUGUUUCCGUUUUGUGCAUGUUAACACCCGGCCAGCCGGGAAUAAAAGAAAUGUCAAUAAUAGUAACAAAAAAUAGGAACAAUUGCACUUGAGUUUACCGUUAGAGGAAUCACCAGCCAACUGGCAGAAUAAGUCCUUUUUUUGUUGUUUGUUUGUUGAAACAAAAUCAAUGUCCAAGCACUGUUGACAUCAGUAGGAUUUGUUUUUGAUUAAAUUAAUGAUCGAUUAACCAAAA